AUGCCUAACCGUAAACCAAUCGACUUUCACAAUCAAGUCUUAUUCAAACAACAACAUGAUAAGACAAGUAACCUCUCCUCAUGUAUUCUCUCCUACCAAAUAUUAACAAAUAUUGAUACAAGCAGUUUAGCCAACACUGUUAUCAAGAAGAGUAAUGUUUUAAAAUUUGAUAUUAAUAUCAAAUUUAUGAAGAAUAGCAAGUUUUCAUUCCAACCUAACCGAUACUAUUGUAUGAUUGAAUUGAGAGAUCCCACUAAUGGUACCAUGCUUGUGACACAAGAUGGAAACUCACUUCUAAGUAAAGAGACAAUGUGUAGUUUGAGCAAGAUAUCAGAGGUUGAGUUUGGAGCUCAACUCAAGGUAUCAAUUAACAAGGGAAAUAGAGGUACAAAGGGAAUAUUUAGAAUACAACUUUUAGAUAGGGAUGACUCUUCGAAUGGUGUUGAGUGGACAACCAUAGAAUCCUUCCUCAUUCAAGAUAGAAAUUCAAAGAGAACCACAACCGAGAGUAAGAAGAGAAAGUGCAAUGACACUGAUAGUGAACAACAUAGUGAUGAUGCAUGCAAGAGUUUUUCGUCCUCAGAUGAAGAAGCAAUACAUGCCAUACUGAAGACUAUUCAUCCAAACAUUGUAAAACAAGAAGAGGAAGAACAAACAUUUGUUUCUCCAAAGAAGAAGAACAAGCUGAUAACUGUAAAGAAAGAGUUUGGUGAUGUGGAGAAUGUUCACCCUAAUAUUGUUGCAAGUAUGCCAUCCAUGAUGUCAAUGAUGGCUUAUUCCAACAACAAUACCUCAUUUGAUUACAAAUUGUUGCAACCAACACUGGAUACUACAUGCAAUGAAAAAUCAGCAACAACAAGUACAUGUGCCACAAGCAGUGCCAACCUUGAUGAACUCUCACAGUUAGACUUUUUAUUUGACUUUAACAAUACCCUAGAAUCAACUCCUGAGGAAGGUUUGGUUCGAGAUGAGUUUUGGUGCUCUGAUUCAUUGUCUUCAUUCUUUAAUAAUUUUGAUUAAUAAAACGAUUUUUGAG